GUCAAUUUCUGGGCCACCGGAAAUGAUGUAAACUGCGCAAGAGAAGACCUAUGUGGAUCAGGAUUUAGUUUUACAAGUGUUGGCUGCAGUAAGCAGGAUCUGCUCGCUGCCGAAAGAUUUAGGAUCUCAUCCCCUUCGGCUCUAAUUGGAAGCACGGCACUCAGGAUUAUGACAGCAGUUGUGCAGAGAUGAGGAUAUCUUGAAGCAUCAGUGUGAAAGAAGAUUAUUCAAUCAACCACAAUGGACUAUCAACGGAAAAAGAAACUGACAUAUUUCACCAUCGGACUCAUUUUUCUUUUUAGUGGCGUGGAAUAUGCUGUUAUAUUACCCACAAUAUGGAGGUAUCUGCAGACUUUAGAGGCAGACCCUUAUUUCCUGGGUUUGGCCCUGUCAGCAUUCAGUCUGAGCGGGCUUCUGUCAGGACCACUGUUUGGAUACUGGUCCGACAGGACAAGGACCACGAAGAAAAUCAUUUUGUUUUCCAACCUUUUUGAGAUAAUUGGUAAUUUUAUGUACUUCAUGGGCUACUCCAAGUGGCUUUUACUGUCGAGUAGACUGGUAGCAGGCAUUGGUACAGGUGCUGGCUCAUCAAUCUUUGGCUUCCUGUCCAGAAGCACUGCUUCAGAGGACCGGGCCACAGUAUUUGCUGCAGUCAUGGUUUGUCGACAGGCCGGGCUUCUGAUUGGUCCUGCAUUCAAUAUCUUUCUGAGACUCUGUGACUUCCAUCUUGGUCCUUUUGUUGUCAACAAAUAUACUGCACCAGGGCUGUUUAUGUUUCUGUUGUGGAUUCUCCUUCAACUGGCAGUGGUCUUCAUGUACUGGGACUUGCCACCAAUGGAAAGGAGAAUGACCUACUGUAGUUCAAAAAACAAUGGAGAAGAAAACGUACAUGGGUUUGACGAAGACGAGGUCGAGGAGGAGGUAAGGCCACUAAUAACAUCCCAGGAGUUUGUGGCCUCCUACAGCUCUGUGAUGACGUCCAGCCUUUCCAAAUCGGCUGUCUCCAACAACUCACUGAAUCACAUUCACUCUUCACUUGAAUCUCAUGUGGCAACACCAAGCCAUGAGCUCCACAGAUCCUUCAGAAAUUCCAGCUCAUGCCAAGAGUUUCUGAGAGAAAACGUGGUCGUGCUGCUGGUUGCUCAGUUCAUCACCCUUUUCAAUCAAACAGUGCUGGAGACUAUGGUGACACCCUUAACCCAAAAAUAUUUCAACUUCAAAGAGCUGGAAAACAGCGUGAUGUACUGCCUUGGCGGUGUGGUUGUGAUAGCUGGCUUCCUGUUCGUGCGCUGGCUAAGCCAGCAUGUUGCAGAGCGGGUGGUCCUUGCCAUUGGUCUGACCAUUUGCAACAUCUCCUGUAUCUGGUGCCUCAUCUUUCUCGCUAACCCAUUAGGUGGUUUUUCAUGGCAGCUGACUGAGUUCAUCAUCGGGGUUUUUCUGCAGGUUUUGGGUUUACCUUUUGUAGCGGUGGCCCAGGUUUCCCUCUUCUCCAAAGUUACUUCUGAGAGAAGUCAGGGCUUCAGUCAGGGAGUACGUCGCUCAGUGGGGGGUCUAGCCACCAUCCUAGGACCUCUCUGGGCAGGUGGUCUGACUGAGCACAUGUAUGUAAUGAUGGGCGCAAUGGUGACACUACUGGUCAUGCUUACGAUUAUGCUGGCUUUCUCGUACAAGCGGCUGGUGGAACCUACAGUGGAGCACAUGGAAAGUUCACACAUUUGUACCUAAAUCUGCAGUAGCAGUUGUUAGAACAUGGUGAAAGUUUCUUGUUCAUAAGUUCAUAAGGUGACAACAUCCCGCUAAAGAAGACAUCAGCAGCUUGCUGGCUGAAACCUGGAUUUUAGUGGUUGUGUGUUUGAAAAGGUUAUGAAGAAUCGUGGUCUGAUAAAGAGCUCACACAGUGUAUAUUUUUACAGCAUGUUUCCUGUGGAAAUAUAAAACCAUGCUGAAAAUGCAUGUAAAUCUGUUUAAUGAAGCUGCUUCCAUCAAAGGUAAACAAGAUUCUCUACGCCACCCUGCAGUCUUCAGCAGAUGAGAUGUUAUAUGCACUAUUUAACCUAAUAAACAUACGUAGUUCUUGUAGUGAAAACUGUUUGAGAUUAAUUUCAAUACCGAUUCAAGCUAAUUUAGAGUUGAAUUUGUUUUUAGCUGUGUUAAUAUUUCAAGAUUCAAGCUAAAUUAUUUGAAAAAAAAUAGAUUUUUCAUUUUCUUUGGAAAUUAAAAUUUCCAAUGUGUUGUUUCUGAGUGAAUAUUUAAUUACUGUUUGACCGUAUCAAUGUCUGGAAGUAAAUUCCCACAAUUGUACAAAGUUAGAUCAGGGCAAAUAUAAUGUAUGAAAAAUGGGUAAAAAUAAAAAAGAAAUGAACUCUGAA